CCGACGUUCGCUAUGAUUUCGGCUCUGCUUCUAGUGCCUGCCUUUCUUCUAGCGGCUUUGAGCGCUUCUGCUCAGCCGCUCGUUGACUUCCAGGUUGCCCAGCCUCCGCCAUUGCCUCAAGAUGCGAAGCAGUGUACCAUACAAAUUCUUGAGCGCACUUUCGGCAACUCGUUCGGCGAUCCCGAGAUCGUGCAAUUUACACCUCCCACGGACUGCGGCUCCGUCGGCUCUUGGGCAGGAAUUAGCUUGAACUUCACGGUCACAUCCAAUGGUACCCAAUUUGAUAGGCUGGGUAUCUUCACCUUCCAAAACGUGGAAAUCUGGAGGACAUCCACUCCUGAACCCAACAUAGGCGAUGGGAUUAUUUGGACGUAUCUGAAAGAUGUAACGCGGUAUUUGCCACUGUUCGCAAAGCCCGGCACCCUCAUCCUGGAGCUUGAUAACCUGCUAGAGACUGGUUUGGAUGGGCAAUACGCGACCACUCUUCACGCAACUUUCUUCGCCUCCUCUGCCCAGAAUCCGCCUGCGCCUCGCGCAGACUUGAUCGUCCCGAUAACUACCCUUGCCAACAACACUGGUAAUGACGCUUCUGUGCCUCCUAUCUUCUCCCUCAAUAUUACGCUACCUCAAAACACGGUUGAAGUCUAUGCUGAGCUGCAGGCCUCUGGAAACGGUGAUGAAGAAUUCUGGUACUUUAACACGGCAAACGAGUUCAUCAAUGACCUGCCGAGUGGAGAGAGUCUUCCGAAUGGCCCGUUUAGGGAAGUGAGGCUACUCGUUGACGGACAGGUCGCUGGAACAGCCUUCCCAUACCCUGUCAUAUUCACAGGAGGAAUUGCGCCCCCAGCUUGGCAGCCGAUCACGUCAUAUGGAGCCCUCGACUUGCCGAACUACUACCUCGAUGUGACCCCCUUCGUCCCACUGCUGGUCGAUGGCAAUCCUCAUAACUUCAGUCUUGACGUCGUCUCUGCGGAAACUGAUCAUACAAUCAAUCAGAACUGGUUCGUUUCCGGCCUUCUGCAGGUUAUUACAGACCCGUCCGGCAAGCCCACAACCGGAAAGAUCAACGUAUACCAAGCGUCUCCCUUUGCUGAGACAUCGACCACCGGCAGCGUGGGUAGCAACGGGGAUGUGAAUGUCACAGUGAAGGCGACACGCAAUAUUCAUGUCGAGUCGACUAUCAUAAGCGGCAGUGGGACGACCACGAAUGUUGUAUUUACGCAAUCGUCGAGCUAUUCAAACACUCAGAACUUUUUGAACAACACUUUCAUUCAGAAUGUCCAACAAACCGCGACUGGCUCAGUUCUAUCCACUCAUAACGGAGUGGCUAGCACAGUCGACAAUUACUCAUUCCCGCUGACCAUCGACAUUACGCUGCAACCUCCGACCGGAGAUAGCUUCUUUGCCACCUUUGAUCAUUCCUACACGCGCACAAUUCUCCCGAGUCCCUUCAUCCUUGGAUCGACGAUCCAGGAACAUCAGCUCGCCAAUGCGUUCUUUGCAGAGACAGCUCAAGGCAACUUUGGCAACGGUACCAGCAACAAUACGCUCUCCUACGUGGACCUGCAAGGACACACCUACGACAGAGAGGUCGAUGCCAUUAACGACGUCAUUGUCUCUGAUCACCAAGGCGGAAAUUUGGCACCUGUUCCUACUCCCGAGUCUGUUCCUGUCGCGAAUCCCACCAAGCUCAACUUCGCAAAGCCGAGGCUGCCUGGACGUCGUACUGUUGGCAAUGGCCAAUGAGAUUAGUUAGUCAGCUGUGUUACGUGUACCCAGUGAUAAGCGCACAUACGCCACAAACCACUUCAUUGCCAUUUUCAGCGAUAUCU